GACCCGAAUUUUAGUAACCAACUCUUCCCGGUCUUUACUUCCACUGUCACAGUCAAUCCAAGCUCUCUUCCUCUCCCUGUCUCUCUCUCUCUGUCUCUCUCUCUCUCUCAUGUGGUCUUGAAGCGAGAUCGAAGCUUCCGAUCGAUCUCCAUUUUCCAUAUAUAGAAGCCCUCGCCGGUACUGAUCGGAGCCGACGGCUAUCGACCGGAGAAUCAUGUGAUCCGCCGCCACUUCUCCUCUCCCUCCGAAGACAAUCAAGAAGCUCACUGAUCGCCGACUUCAUUCUCGUGGUCUACCGUUUCCAUUUCAAGUGAAUCGAAUCGGUUUCUCGUCUCUCCAUUUCCGUUGUUCUCCUUGAAUUCGAUGGCCGGGGCCGGGAUCGGGAGUGGAGCUGCUUCGAAGUUCAUCAAGUGUGUGACGGUGGGAGAUGGGGCCGUCGGCAAGACUUGUAUGCUCAUCUGCUACACUAGCAACAAGUUCCCCACUGACUAUAUACCCACAGUGUUUGAUAACUUCAGUGCAAACGUGGUAGUUGAAGGCACCACUGUUAAUUUGGGCCUUUGGGACACAGCUGGGCAAGAAGAUUACAAUAGAUUAAGACCCUUGAGCUACAGGGGAGCAGAUGUCUUUGUUUUGGCUUUCUCAUUGGUCAGCCGUGCUAGUUAUGAGAAUGUACUAAAAAAGUGGAUCCCAGAACUUCAGCAUCACGCUCCUGGAGUCCCCAUUGUCCUUGUGGGGACGAAAUUAGAUCUUCGCGAGGACAAGCACUAUUUAGCUGAUCAUCCUGGAUUGGUACCAGUGACCACCUUACAGGGCGAGGAGCUGCGGAAACAGAUCGGUGCGGCAUAUUACAUAGAGUGUAGCUCAAAGACUCAGCAGAAUGUGAAAGCGGUCUUUGAUGCUGCAAUCAAGGUGGUAAUCAAGCCACCUCAGAGACAAAAGGAGAAGCAGAAGAAGAAGAAGCAGCGUCGAGGAUGUCUCUUAAAUGCCAUUUGCGGGAGGAGGCUCGUGUCUCAAAAGUGAGGAUCGUAACUUUCAUGAAUUGUGUUUUAGAAGAGAAUUAUGCUCUUAAGUAUUAGAGUGAAGCCCUCUAAACUGACUGCCUAUCAGGUCUCUGCCUUAAUGCUUACGCGCAAUCUCUCUUUGUUAUCUUGUCUCUAACGUACGUGUCUCUGUAUAUAGCAUCAAGUAGCUUUUUCUCUCUGAGAGGGUCGAUGCGGGUUGUCCAUCUUGUCGGGUUCAUGUGCUAUCUGUAAUUGUUGUCUGUAUUCGUUAGUGUGAUAAUUUCUUGUAUGAUUGUUUCUCCUACCCCUUUUUUUUCUGAUUGUUUCGGUAUUGAUUGUUUCGCUUCAAUAACUUAUAACUAGUUCACAUUA